AUGGGAAAGGAAAAUAUGUCUCACAAUGCUGUUUUACUGGAUUUAGAUUCUGCUGUGGAAAGGUUUCAGCUGUUUAACAAGACCUACCCAGCAGAAGCGCUUGACACAUUAUUUGAGUUCGAUGCUCAUGUGGAUACUGAUGUAAAUCUACAAAGAUUAUCAAAGUUGGUGUUAUCAAAGCGUUUUCAUACUGGCUAUCUUUUCGUCUAUAAACCUAUUUUCCUAGAGAUUAUUUCCCGUUGGAUCAAUCAUCAUGAUAAACUAGAAGAAUGCGUUGCGGUCCUUGAUGCCUGCAGUAGGAAUAUUGGAUUGUUCCCAGCAUGCAAACCACUAGUGGAACAAUUUUUGGCUCAAAACAAUGAACAUAUAAUUACUAUUCUUCAAAACUAUUCAACCAGAAGCGAGCAAGAGUUAAGAACUGUUUUACUUGCAUACUACCGUUUGCUGUACCACGAUAAGGAAGUAUUUGGUAAAUAUGUGAAACUAGAUGUAUUAUAUUCGUUAGUGGAUUCCAAAGAGAGAGGUACCAUAACGUUCCUUGCUCUCAAAGUCCUAUCCAUUUAUAUGGAUGCAGGAGAAAGAGUAAUCGAUGAAAUGAUAGACGCUCACAUUAAUGGAGAGAGCAAAUUAUACGGGGAAUACGAAUUGGAUUCUCAAGUGGAUUAUAGAUUCUUGGAGCUGAAUGAAGCUAAGAGAUUUGCCAAUUUUUCAAGACUCCCUGAAGUGUCAGAGUGUUUUCAAAGAAUACCAGGUCGUAAUUACGUUGUUUUGGAACCAGAAUUUCUAAGUCAAGGUGUAGUUUCCAUCUGCGGAACUUUGGUGCCUUUUUCUGGAUCACAACAACCUAUUAAAGAAUCUUCAUUUGUUCCCACAGAAAAAUCUAUUGAUGCUCUCCGUCAAUUGGCUAACAAUAUCCGUAAUGCAGAACCCAUUAUGCUCUGUGGUAAGGCAGGAUCUGGUAAAACUUUUUUGGUUAAUCAAUUGAGUAAAUAUGCGGGAACGGAGGAGUCUAUGGUUAAAAUUCACCUUGGUGAUCAAACAGAUGCAAAGCUUCUGAUAGGUACGUACACGUCAGGUGAAAAACCGGGAACGUUUGAAUGGAGGGCCGGUGUUUUGACUACUGCUGUCAAACAAGGUAGAUGGGUUCUUAUAGAAGACAUUGAUAAGGCUCCUACUGAGGUCUUAUCAGUUCUAUUGACACUACUUGAAAAAAGAGAACUGACGAUCCCAUCUAGAGGUGAAACUGUGAAAGCCGCUCAUGGAUUUCAUUUAAUCUCCACUGUAAGGAUAGAUGAGACUCAAUCCAAGAGAAAUAUCGACAAUCAUUCCAUAAACAUAAUUGGUUCAAGAAUUUGGAAACUGACGCAUUUGAAGGAAUUGGAUGACAAAGAUUUGCAUUACAUUUUGUGUCAUAGAUACCCUGUUUUAACUCGAUUAGUACCCAAGCUAACACAUGCCUACAAGGCCGUAAAAGAGAUUUACUUGGACCAAAGAUUUACCUCUUUAAACAGAGGUGCCAAGGCAAGAGUUGUAUCUGUUAGAGAUCUUAUGAAACUAUGCGAAAGAUUAAAAGUCCUCUUUGAAAAUAAUGGUAUAACCAACCCUGAUGAAUUGAUAGAGUCGGAAAUCUUCGAUAGCAUUUUCGCAGAGGCAGCCGACUGUUUCACGGGUGCCAUUAGUGAACCUAGAGCAUUAGAACCACUAGUGAGAACUAUUGGUGAAUCGGUAGAGAUUUCCAAUUCUAGGAUUGGCCUUUACUUAUCGAAACAUGUCCCACAAUUCGAUAGCUACUCAGACCAUUUAGAAAUAGGUAGAGCAAAAUUGCCUAAAGCUGUCUCUGUCUUACAGAAGAAAUCAGCCAAUGCUACUUCAUUUGCUACUACGAACCAUUCUCUAAGAUUGAUGGAACAAAUUUCAGUUUCAGUACAAAUGACCGAACCCGUUUUACUUGUUGGUGAAACUGGUACUGGUAAGACUACAGUGGUUCAACAUUUGUGCAGAUUACUUAACAAAACUUUAACCGUUAUAAACGUGUCUCAACAAACAGAGACCGGUGAUCUGUUAGGUGGAUAUAAGCCAGUAAAUUCAAAGACGAUUGCCAUCCCCAUUCAGGAAAAAUUUGAAUCUCUAUUUGCCGCUACAUUUUCUUUAAAGAAAAAUGAACAAUUUUACAAAAUGUUACACAAGUGCUUCAAUAAAAACCAGUGGAAGAACGUGGUUCGUCUAUGGAAAGAAGCUUACAAAAUGGCAAAUAACAUUUUAAAAGUGCAAAGGGCAAAUGAUGAUGACAAUGCUGAAAAGAAAAAGAAAAAGAGAAAGUUGAACGAACACGAACAAAUGUUACUUUCAGAGACUUGGGAAGAGUUCAACGCUGCAGUUGAGAAAUUCGAAUUCCAAUCAAGCUCUAUAGAAAGUUCCUUGGUCUUCGAUUUUGUCGAAGGUGCAUUGGUGAAAGCAGUUCGUAAUGGUGAGUGGUUACUUUUGGAUGAAAUAAAUUUAGCUUCACCUGAUACUCUUGAAAGUAUAUCAGAUUUAUUGGAUGAAGGUUCGAAAAGGGGUGUUCUUUUGUCUGAUAAAGGUGAUAUAGAGCCAGUAAGAGCUCACCCAAACUUCAGGAUUUUUGCAUGUAUGAAUCCCGCUACAGAUAUUGGUAAGAGAGAUUUGCCUCCAGGUAUACGAUCAAGAUUCACAGAAAUUUACGUGCACUCGCCGGAUCGAGACAUUACCGACUUACUCUCCAUCAUUGACAAAUAUAUUAAAAAUUACAGCACCAGCGAUGAAUGGGUGGGUAACGAUGUAGCAGAACUUUAUCUGGAAGCCAAAAGAUUGGCAGAAAGUAAUAAAAUUGUGGAUGGUUCCAAUCAAAAACCUCAUUUUAGCAUUCGUACUUUAACACGUACACUACUAUAUGUCUGUGACAUUGUUAAUAUUUAUGGUCUUCGUCGUUCCCUUUACGAUGGAUUUUGCAUGAGUUUCUUGACACUACUAGACGGUGAUUCAGAAGCAAUACUUGAACCUAUUAUAAGAAAAUACACUUUGGGCAGAUUGAAAAAUGUGAAAGCCGUUAUAUCACAAGCACCACCGUCCCCUGGUCCUGAUUACCUGCAAUUUAGGCAUUAUUGGAUACAAAAAGGUUCCUUCGAACCCAAGGAAGAAAGUCGUUACAUUAUUACCCCAUUUGUGGAAAAGAAUAUGAUGAAUUUAGUGAGGGCUACUUCAAGUAAACGAUUCCCAGUUUUGAUUCAAGGUCCUACUUCUGCAGGUAAAACAAGUAUGAUCAAGUACUUGGCAGAUAUCACGGGUCACAAAUUCGUCCGUAUUAAUAACCACGAACACACAGACCUUCAAGAAUAUUUGGGUACAUAUGUUACAGAUGACACUGGGAAACUUUCCUUUCAAGAAGGUAUACUUGUAGAAGCCUUAAGGAAAGGUUACUGGAUCGUUUUAGAUGAAUUGAACCUGGCUCCCACAGAUAUUUUGGAAGCACUAAACAGAUUAUUGGAUGACAACCGAGAGUUGUUAAUUCCUGAAACACAAGAAGUUAUACAUCCUCAUCCGGACUUUAUGCUUUUUGCUACUCAAAAUCCUCCAGGGAUUUAUGGUGGUCGUAAAAUCCUUUCAAGGGCAUUUAGAAAUAGAUUUUUGGAGCUCCAUUUCGCAGAUAUUCCCCAAGAAGAACUUGAAAUUAUUCUACGUGAACGUUGCCAAAUUGCUCCUUCGUAUGCAAAAAGAAUCGUGGAGGUUUAUCGUCAACUCUCCAUUGAAAGAUCUGCUUCCAGACUAUUUGAACAGAAAAACAGUUUUGCCACUUUACGUGAUCUUUUCCGCUGGGCUUUGAGAGAUGCAGUAGGAUAUGAACAAUUAGCCGCCAAUGGUUACAUGCUUUUAGCUGAAAGAUGUCGUUCGGCUCCCGAAAGAGAAGUUGUUAAAAGAGUUCUGGAAAAGGUAAUGAGAGUGAAAUUGGACAUGGACAGGUAUUACGCUGAUUCAGAGAACUCUUUACUCUUGAGUGAAAAAAGUGAUGUGGUUUGGACCGGAGCAUCAAAAAGAUUAUCAUUUUUGGUGGAAACAUGUUUAAAAAACAAAGAACCCGUUUUACUGGUUGGUGAAACAGGUUGUGGUAAGACUACCAUAUGUCAAAUAUUAGCAUCUUAUUAUAGGAAGAAUUUGAUUGCUCUCAAUGCUCACCAGAACACGGAAACAAGCGAUAUCUUGGGUGCACAGAGACCUGUUCGUAACAGAUCAGAGAUUCAAGCCCGGUUAACUAAACUUCUCCAAAGUGUUCUGGAUCUUCCAGAAGAUCAAUUGGAAAUGUUAACUUUAGAAGGUUUAAUAGCUCAAUAUGAUAUUAUGGACAGGACUUCUUUGGAUGAGAAUGUAAAGAUUCAAAUUGACGAGCUAAGAAGUAACCUUUCCAUUCUUUUCGAAUGGUGUGACGGUCCAUUAGUUCAUGCAAUGAAAACUGGUGAUUUCUUCCUCCUAGAUGAAAUCUCACUAGCCGAUGAUUCCGUUUUGGAGAGAUUGAAUAGUGUCUUAGAACCUGAAAGGAACUUAUUAUUAGCAGAGAAAGGUUCCUCAGACAGCCUGGUGGUUGCCGUGGAGGACUUUCAAUUUCUUGCUACAAUGAACCCAGGUGGUGACUACGGUAAGAAGGAACUAUCCCCUGCCUUAAGAAACAGAUUCACGGAAAUAUGGGUUUCAUCCAUGGACAGUUUAGAAGAUGUCCGCAUGAUUGUUUCUUCCAAGCUACUCCCAGACUUACGAGACCUUGUUGAUACAGUGGUCUCCUUUUCUGAAUGGUAUGCCAACAAGUUCGGAAAGGGAAUGUCUGGUGGAGGGAUUAUUUCUCUCCGUGAUAUUCUUGCAUGGAUCGAAUUCAUGAAUUGCACUUACCAUAAAGUAGGUGACAAAGGCAUCAUUUUGGUUCACGGUGCAGCUAUGGUAUUUGUCGACGCUCUCGGUACAAAUAACACUGCUUAUCUGGCUGAAAGUCCGGAAAGAUUGAGGGCUUUGAAGCAGGAGUGUAUUGCUCACCUUUCUAUAUUUGCUAACAUUGAUUUGAAACCACAAUUUAAUCAGGCAAUUCAAGUACAGACCUCGGAAAUGAGCCUAAGAAUUGGUCCGUUUGAAGUUUCAAGAAAGGAACAUGGUGACAUGGCCACUAAGUUUAACUGGAAUGCACCAACUACUUCUAAAAACCUUUUACGUGUGAUUAGAGCAAUGCAGGUGCGCAAGCCAAUUCUUUUGGAAGGUAGCCCAGGUGUCGGUAAAACGAGUCUGGUUGCCGCUCUCUCAGAAAUCACAGGUAACAAGUUGACUAGAAUCAAUUUAUCUGAGCACACUGAUCUCGUUGAUUUAUUUGGUUCAGACGUUCCUGGUGAAAAAACGGGAGAAUUUGUUUGGCGUGAUGCUCCCUUCCUAAGGGCCAUGCAAAAAGGUGAAUGGGUUCUACUGGAUGAAAUGAAUUUGGCCUCUCAAUCUGUCUUGGAAGGGUUGAAUGCUUGUUUGGAUCAUCGUGGUCAGGCUUACAUUCCGGAGCUAGACAGAUCUUUCAGUUGUCAUCCAGAAUUUAUGGUUUUCGCAGCACAGAAUCCCCAAUACCAAGGUGGUGGUAGAAAAGGAUUGCCAAAAUCAUUUAUCAACCGUUUUAACGUUGUCUAUAAUGACACACUUACUGCCGAUGAUCUUCUACUGAUUGCUAAUCAGCUUUAUCCAGAUGUAAGUCUAGAGGUGAUCAAAAAAAUUAUCCAGCUCAUGUCAACAUUAGAGUAUGAAGUGUGCAAGUUGAAGAAAUGGGGGUCAUCCGGUUCCCCAUGGGAGUUUAACCUUAGAGAUACUUUGAGAUGGCUCAAAAUGCUGAAUCAAGAAUCUUUGGUCAGCGAACUAGACAUUUUCGAUUUUGUAGAUGUGGUCGUUGUGCAAAGGUUCCGUUCUCAGGUAGACAAAUCGAAAGCAAGAGAAGUCGUUGAACGCAUAUUUGGUGCCCAUGAGAAGCGUGAAAACUUUUAUAAGCUCGACCGUGAUUUCAUUCAAAUCAACGGAGAACUGGUGAAAAGGAAUCCGUUAUUCAGCUGUCCAACCCAUGAAAAAUUGCUUUCCCUUGAAUCCAACUUUUCAUUCUACGAGUCUGCCUUGAGAGCCAUCAAGCACAGUUGGCCUCUGAUUUUGGUUGGUCCCACGAAUGCAGGUAAAUCGGGAAUCAUUGAAUUUUUAGCUUCUGUUCUUGGUGCUCCUGUUUCAACUUUUUCAAUGAAUAGUGACGUGGACAGUAUGGAUAUUUUGGGUGGUUAUGAGCAAGUUGAUCUUACGAGGAAAAUCUCUUACAUCAUUAAUGAUUUGAAAUUGGUUUUACGUGAGAUCCUUUUGGUUAAUUUGAGCUUAAACUUUGGGAAGCGCGAAGCCAUCGUUGGCGCUCUAGAACUUCUUAACUUCAUUUGCACUAAUAUCGUAUCAGUGGAAAAUUUCAAAUAUUUCAGUGAGAAGUUUAAUGGUGUCUUUUCUUUCUUAUAUGAUAGUCCUCAAUUACAAGAGUUCUCUACCAGAAUCCAAGAAAUGACGACCAUUAUUGAACAAGGCGAUCAAGUAAAAUUUGAAUGGUUUGAUGGUAUGCUUGUUGAAGCAGUAGAAAAGGGAAAUUGGUUAGUCUUAGAUAAUGCCAAUCUAUGUUCUCCAUCUGUGCUUGAUAGAUUAAAUUCUUUGUUGGAAAGUGACGGUUCAUUGAUCAUCAAUGAACGCAGUGAGGAAAACGGUGAACCAAGAGUCAUCACUCCUCAUCAGAACUUCCGGUUGUUCCUCACUGUAAAUCCCAAAUUUGGUGAAUUGUCGAGGGCAAUGAGAAACAGAGGUGUCGAGCUCUAUGUCGAAGAGUUGCACUCUAGAGCUUCAUACUAUGAUUGCUUGAAUUUGGGUGUUGAAACUUCCAAGGAACCCUCACAGCUAGAGAGGGGUUUUAAGGCUAUGUCAUUAAGCAUUCUUGAUUCCAUUGUACCAUUGAAGCGUUAUCUACCAGCCCAAUUAGCCUCGGCUCAAGUAUUCGGGCAAUUGCAUGAUGUUAUAUCUCUAUCUGGUGACCAACCAGCCACAGAGGCGCUCCUGGGAGUGGUUCCUAUUAACCGUUUGAAACAGCUUGAACAAUGGAUGGGUAAUGUCAUUCAGAACCGUCAAUUUUCUGAACAGAGGUUGGCUUCUGAGAUCUGUGAACUCCUGAAGACCUUUGACAAGGAAGGGAUCGUACGGAAGGUCAACAGUAUCUACUCAUCUGCAGAUGAGAGGUUGCUAAAAAUCCUAGACCAUUCACCUUCCGACUUAUCAGAACAAUCCUUGUUCCCUCUAUUGAAUACUUAUUUGCUUCCCUCUGUUCUUCCAGCUCAAACAACGAAUGGUCUUUCAGAGACGGUUUACCUAUUCAGCACAGUGAAAUUGUUACACGAAAGUAUCAAUCUUUUGGAAAGAACGAUGGAAAAAGCAAUCAAGGGUAAGCUUUCGAGUCUUUCGUACAUUGAGCUGUCAGCAGCGGUUGUCGGUGGACGCAAUGUAAAGAACCCUCCAAGGAUCCCCAUAUAUCAGGUUCUUCAAGACCUGGCUAACAAAGUCUGGCAAAUUGUGGGCCAGGAGACACUUUUCCAAAGAAAUGACAUCUUUGAAUCACUUUGGAAGUUGUUAGUGUUAUGGUUUGGAAUCUUCGAAACCGCUGGUCGCAAAGACGAGGCAAGGUUGAGAGCCUACAAGGAAUUGCUUGAGGAAUGGCAAACAUCAGCACAAGCCGAAGGAUUAAUUACUUCAGAAUUUUCAUUCCUCUCCAAGUUUAGUGAUGGUGUGAAACUGCAGAGGGGUACAUCAAUUGCCCUUAUCUGGGAAAACUUCAAACAACCUUAUCCAUCUUCUUCCGAAGGAUGGUCAUUGUGGGAUGCAUUAUUCGAUAUCUCAAGGAAAUUUGAUCGUGUUGUCAAAUCUCAAUACGUUGAAUCAUACGCUUCAAUCAAUGGAUUGAGGGAAAUAUUCCGUAUGCUUUUUGAAGACCUUAUCCAGAAUGAUGUAUUGGAAUUCAGAAAUCUGCUAUUAAAAUUGGAAUCUGGUAUCGAGGACCUAGAAAACAUUUCCAGCAAGUUUUUGAACAAAAGGAUUAAUUAUUUCGAGAAUGAAUUUAAUGAUCUCCUAAGAUUAGUCUUUAAUCAGCACAACGGAAUGGUUGAGCAAUUAGCAUCUCUAUCUUCAAUACCUACCGGAAAAAUCAUCAGACAGCAACAGAAGAGACAUUCCGGUCCAGCAGUAUUCGAUAUUCUUUGGACUGAAGUGGAUGAUAAAUUCCAAUCUUCCAUCAGCUCAUUAAUCACCUCUUCAUUGUUUGAGCGAAUCAUUAUCAAAUCGAACAACCUGAAGCAUUUUGCAGGAAGUCAGGUCAAACAGACUUUGACAGAUGCCAAGUUACUUUUAUCUUCUACAGUUGAUAGUUCAGAGACGAUUUUGCAAGAUCAACUGACAUUUUUUGGUGGACUCUUAAGGGAUUGGGUUGUUCGCAUUAUCCAACUCCAUGUGAAAGAAGGUGUCGUUAGCUUCGAUAAUGAACUGCUACAAAAACAAGUCUCGAAGGAGACUGACGAGAAGUUUUACAAGGUCUUUGUGGAGAACUUGUUACCAGCCCUACAGUAUGCGACAUCUGCAUCUUCUUUUAGCAUUUUGGGAAGAGGGUGGAUUUUAUUCGGUGUUGGUAUGAUGGAACUCUAUGCCCCUGAUCGUCCUUUUGACCCCGCCAUUCAUGAAUAUGUUUCGUAUGAUACUUCCUCGAAGCAUAAGUCCUUCUUAGAGAAGAUGAAAGAAAGUUUAGCGUCCGUACGUCAAGUUACUAGUGGUGAUGAUCUGAUCUUUGCCGAGAAAGUUCUUUUGGAGAAACCAGAUAUCGGUGAGCUUGAAAGACCUCGGAUUUAUAGACCAGAUUUUCCAAUUGAUAAUCUUUUUGAUGAAUGGACCGCACUUUUGAAUUCUUCCCUAAAUCAUGAGCAAGUUUCAAGAUUAAUGAACACAGUGGAUGAUUGGAGCAACAUUACCAAGGGCCAAUUGGAGCUUUUCCAGCAGAAUACAUCGCGCUUUUUACAACGCUUGGAAACUGGAUACAAGUUCUACACAGAUUUAAAUGAUAUUUUUUCAAGCUAUGUAUUAAGCAUGAAAUUUGGAUUUGACUUGAUGAGGUGUGACAGAGAAGGUAAAGAAAAGAAUUUGGAUCUACCCCUACUAUGGAGUGUCGACCCACUUACUCUCGUGAGCCCUACGAGUAUCAGUGAGACCUUCUCUAAAUUGUCCUCUUUUUUCAAGAGGAAUAACACAGGCUCUGCUUCUUCCGAAGUUGUCCUUGCCUUUUUGAUGCAAUUAUUCAAAUUCCACAAUAAACCAGAAGCCAUGCUAUCAACAUUCAAUGGUAUAUUGCAGACAUUAUAUUUCAGAUGGUCACAAAGGAGAAUGAAAGAAGAACAAGAAGCUCGUGAAAGGUCAAGUUUAUUCCGUUUUGAAGAUAAUGCAGAGGAUUUCGAAGAAGAUUUCAGGAACAUGUUCCCUGAUUACGAGGAAACAGUUUCCGCUGACAAUGAGGGAACCUCAAGUUCAGAGGAGGAGCUGCAAGAUGCUUAUUAUUCUAUUGCUAAAAUUUACAUUUCCAUCUUCCAAGAUUCCAAAGAAAGAAAUUUGGAGCACAUGGUUGAAAUGGGUUCCAAAAUAGUUGAGCAACUCGCUCGUUCCAGCUUAAAGUUUAAAUCUGGAACACUGAGCGAGAAUCACCUAACAUCUGUUGUCCACCUAUUAGCAAAGAAUAUCAAUGCGUUUGAGAUGCCUAAGGAUAAUGAAAAUUUCAAUUUUUAUAAGGACUUUUCUAUUUCAGAGUCUCAAAAGGCCAUCUCAAUAGUUGAGAGCUUAUGGAAGUUCGUUCAUGAAUUAUUAGGCAACUGGCCUGAACACGCAACAUUACGUGAGCUAUUCAGAAUAUGCCAUGAAUUUUUGAGCUAUAGAUCAAGCACCCCUGUGGCUAAGAUGCUACAGAAGAUAGAGCAAAUUUACACUUUCGUAGCCGAAUGGGAGAAGUAUGCGUCUUCACGAGUAUCCAUGGGAAUACACAUCAGGAAAAUUACAGAUCUAAUCAUUUCAUGGAGAAAAAUGGAACUACAAACCUGGAAUGGAUUGCUGAAAUCUGAGGAGGAUCAAAUUAAUAGAAAUAUCGGAAAAUGGUGGUUCUAUCUAUUUGAGAUCAUCAUUGUCGCUAGUAUUUCAGACGAAAGCGCCAAUGGCAGCCAAACCACACUGGUGUCACAUCUCAACAUUUUCUUCAGUAAAAGCUCUUAUGGUGAAUUUAAGACCCGUCUAGACCUUCUCAGGGCUUUUGCUGAACAUACAAAACUUUUGGGAUGGGGUGAGUAUUCAAUUUUCCAUUCAAUUCAGAAUGUAUUGAAGUUCUAUGGUCAAUUUGAGUCCGCUGUGGAAGAACAUAUCGCAAACUCCAAGAAGUCAUUGGAAAAAGAGAUUUCCGAAAUUAUAUUAUUAGCAAGUUGGAAGGAUGUGAACAUCGACGCUUUGAAGCAAAGUUCUCGUCGUUCUCAUAACAACCUAUACAAGGUGGUUCGCAAGUACCGUUCUGUUUUGUCAGAAGCAAUACAGCCAACUGUUGAGAGCGGUAUCUCGUUUUCAAUCAAGGAAUCUCUGCCGAUGAUAACCUUAAAAGGAUCUUAUGCAACAGACUAUGAUGUUUUGUCCGCUGAAAAGCAAGUUACAAAGAUCGUUGGCUGGGACUCCAGAUCAGAUAUCAUGAAAAAUCCUCAUAAUGUGUACUCGAGAAUGAAAUUCUUCAUAACAAAAAUGGAGAACUUAAGUUUCCCAAGUUUGUUGGAUUUUGCUACAGACAUUUCUGAAGAAGCUGAAAGUCUUCAAAAGGAUACACCUAAAGUGUAUUCGAAAGAUCAGAAGAAAAAAUUGGCUUCUUUGAAAGUCUUGAAAGGUAAGCUCCUCAGCGACUCCUUGAAGGAACUGAGGAGAAUAGGUCUGAAAUCUAGCUUUAGAGAGGAUAUUCACAAGGUCCAAUCCACCUCAACAGCCAUUUUAUCUAAUGUGGUUUCUUUUACCGAAACGGAACUUGAAGGUUGUGAUGGCUACUUUUUCAGAAUAAUUGAUCUACUACCAAAAUUGAGAGCUGCGGUAUCUGAGCCUUCUGAUAACAUACCUUUUGCAAGUAUCGAAAAGGGAAUGGCAAUUGCAGAAAAUCUAAUUUUCUCGUUGAUAACUGUUAGACAACCGAUUUAUGAUUUGGGUGUCAUACAUUACAAAUAUCAAGGGUUACUUGAAGAUCUGAAAACAAUUUCAUUUUCCAGAGGAACUCUGAAUCACAAUUCAAGGUCUAUGGAUUUUGAACAACUCAAGAGUGUAGGUGAAUGGUUCCCAGUUCUACUAGAAUAUGCGAUAGUCACCUUAAGCUUCAUGAAACAAGAAAAAGCUAAAAAGAGUGUAGUGGAACUGGAGCAAAUCAGAGUUAGGACCGAAGAAUUUUACACAAGACUUUGUAGCGUCAAAGUUUUGGAUUCUAUGGCAGAUGAACUAUUGACUGAAUUCAAUGAAUUCAUCUCUAACGCUAUGAACUCACUAGAACGCUGUAAGGACCCUUGUAGCUUUUUCGUAUUCGAUGUUCUUUUGAGUUGGUUGAGCGAGCAAGCCCAUUUCCCUGUUAAAGAUUUGAAGAGUGAAGAUGGAAGAGCAGAAGAUUUUGAUCAAACGUUCCGUGGUAUCUUUACUUCUUUGGUACUUUCAUUUCAAAAAAUUAUGAAUAUGGAACUGCUGUCUGUCAAUGAGGACGAUGACAAGUGGCUUUCAAGUACAGCCAAACAGUUGAUGAACGUUAACAAGGUGUUCAUCAACUCUAGCAUCUUACAGAAAUUGGAACAAGCUAUCAAGCAAAUUAAGGAAAUGCACCUUGCUGGCCCAACUGUCACGCUAAUUAGGGCAGUAAUUACUUUCACAUUACCUGCCAUCAACUCCUAUUACGAUGCCAUGUCUGCAAUGCUUUUGAAAUCCAGAGAAUACUACGUGAAUACUUCGCACGGAACAUAUAUUUUGGCAACUUUAUUACACAAUUUGGCUAAAAAUGGAUUCUGUUCGCCUGAACCACCCUCAGAAAUGCAUGAUGAUAAAAAUCUACAUGAAGGAACAGGUUUGGGUGAUGGUGAAGGUGCACAGAACAAUUCAAAAGAUGUCGAAGAAGAUGAAGAUCUAACGGAGAAUGCUCAAGAGGCUAAUCGUGAUGAACAAGACAAAGACGAGGACGACCCCAAUGAGGAUAAAAAUGAUGCUGUUGAUAUGGAGGGUGACAUGGCAGGUGAUUUAGAAGAAUUAUCUGAUCAAGGUUCUGGCAGUGAUGAAUCUGGUGACGAGGAUGAGAAUGAAAUGGAUGAGCAAGUGGAUGAUGUUAAUGAAGAUGAUCCUAACGCCAUUGAUGAUAAGAUGUGGGAUGAAAAGCCUGAGUCUGAUUCCAAGGAAAGGAACGCUGAAAAUAAUGUCCAAGGACAGAAGGAUGAUGAUGAUGUCCAAGCUGCCGAAGGGGAAGACAGUAAAAACGAGAAUGAUCAACAGCAACAAGGUGAGGAUGAAAAUAAUAACGAGGAGUUUGAUGACGCCAAUAAAGAAGGAAGUGACAAAGAAGGAAGUGACAAAGAAGGUGACGAGAAAGAGGAGGACGGUGAAGAUGGUGAGGACGACGCUGCAGGACAGGACGACUCCGUUCGUCAAGAAGAAGGUGAAGAAAAUGCGAUCGACGCACCUGAAAUCGAAACAUUGGAUCUUCCUGAGGAUAUGAACUUGGACUCUGGUGAUGAGAAAUCGGAAGAUGAAGGUGAAGAUGAAAAUAUGGAUGUUUCAGACGGAGAAAUGGGUGAUGAAGAUGAAGGUGAAGAAGAUGGCAAGCAAGAAGAGAACGCAGAAGCCGCCGAACCAGAAGACGAAGAAAAUGGAGAAGAUGCGGAAAACGAAGAAGACGAAGAAGGCCACAUGGAUACCGAAGAACCAGAAGAUCAGAAGCUAGAUGGUGAGGAAGACGGUGUUCAAAGUGAAGAUGAAAAAGAAGGAGGGGAAGCAGAGGAAGAUGAAAACAUGUCAGACGAGAAUGACCUCGCAGAGACACAGAUGGGUGAGAAUGCUGAGCAAGAAAAAGGUAAUGAUGAACAAGCUGAAGGUCUUGAUGGCUUGGAUGAGGUGCCAGAACCUGAAGACGUUGAUGCCGAUGCCGCUGCUCAACAAAAAUCUGGUUCUAAAGGUGCUGGAUCUGAAUCCAAAGAUACCGACGAACAAGAUAACGUGGGUAACAGCGGAAAUGCUCAGAAUUAUCAAGAGGAACAACAGGAUCAAGAAAAUGAAAAUAAUGAAGCUUCUCGGGAAGACGCUAAGGAAGCCUUCAAGCAACUUGGUGAUUCAAUGAAGGAGUACUACAAUCGUCGUAAGGAAAUCCAAGAGGCCUCGCAACAGGAGAAAGAAGAGGAAACUACGGAGAAUGCCAAUCAGCGUCCUGACGAAUUUGAACACGUCGAUGGUGCAAACACCGAGACCGAUACUCAAGCCUUAGGUAUGGCAAACCAAGAACAAAUUCUCCCCAUUGAUCAAGAUAAAGCUAUUGAUGACGAUGAAGAACCUCAUGGUGAAGAUGAAGACAUCCAGAUGCUUGAUGAAGAACAAGAAGCUGACAAGGAGUACGGCCAACCUGAAGAAAAUGAGGCGGGUGAAGAGAAUGAAAAUGCAAGAGCCACUGGUGCUAGUGUUGGAGAAAUGAAGGAGGACUCAGAACGUGGUAACUUGCUAGCUGAAGAUAUUCUGAAAAACAGGGAAGAAGAUGAUUUAGAACCGCUGCUCGAUGAAAUUGACGAAGAGAUCUAUCAACAAGAAGAGCUCGCAGAACCUUGUAGAGAUCUGGAAGAAUCACGGACAUUGUGGCACAAGAGUGAACUAUCUACCUCUGAGCUCUCUGCACGUUUAAGCGAACAAUUACGUUUGAUCUUAGAACCCACAUUGGCCACGAAAUUGCAAGGUGAUUACAAGACUGGUAAAAGAUUAAACAUGAAGAGAAUCAUUCCUUAUAUUGCAUCGCAAUUCCGUAAGGACAAGAUAUGGUUGAGAAGAACUAAGCCCAGUAAACGUCAGUAUCAAAUCAUGAUCGCUCUCGAUGAUUCGAAAUCCAUGAGUGAAUCCAAAUGUGUGAAAUUGGCUUUUGACAGUUUGUGUCUAGUUUCAAAGACGCUGACACAGUUAGAAUCCGGUGGUCUAUCUAUUGUGAAAUUUGGUGAAACUGUAAAGGAAGUUCAUCCCUUUGGUGAGCAAUUCAGCGGCGAAGCUGGUGCAAAGGCAUUCCAAUGGUUUGGCUUCCAAGAGACCAAGACUGACAUCAGAAGGCUUGUGGCGGAAUCCAUUAAAAUCUUUGAAAGAUCGAGUGUGUUUGCAAGCGGAGAUCAAUGGAGAUUACAAAUUGUGAUUUCAGAUGGUGUUUGUGAAGACCACGAGACAGUACAACGUCUAGUACGCAGAGCAAGGGAGAACAAGAUUAUGAUCGUGUUUGUCAUUAUUGAUGGUAUCAACUCCAGUGAAUCUAUCAUGGAUAUGAGCCAAGUGAAGUACGUCACAGAUCAAAAUGGAAACAUGCAAUUGAAGAUUGACAAAUAUCUAGACACUUUCCCCUUCGAAUUCUAUGUGGUGGUUCAUGACAUCAGCGAAUUACCUGAGAUGCUUUCAGUGAUUCUGAGACAGUACUUUGCUGAUCUAGCGUCAUCAUGA